GUUAGGAUCUCGGAGACGCGAUUCUUUGAUCUGUCAACACCAGGGCUUGCGCCAGCAUAAGGUAUCUCCAACCCCAUCACCGCUCGGCCAUUUCCUCAGUCGGUCCAGCGGACGCUGUUAUCGAGCGACAAUGAGGUGAUAUUUCUUAUCUGCGACUUAACUACAUGUAACAACGGAAACACAAUGGCGCUCCCACUGCCACCAGGGCUGACCCAGAACGAGGUCGCCUUCCUUGCCGAGAUGGAAAUGGUCACCGUCGUCCCACGUCAGCGCCUGGACAGCAUCGACCUGCUCGGUGGAAAAACACCACAACUUCGGCCUCCCCACCGCGCCCAGCUGCCCCUCUGGCUCGCCCUCCUCCUCAAGAAACAGCGCCGCGCCAACAUCGUCCCUCCAGCAUGGAUGCAUCCCGCCUCCCUUGCCGAGAUUAUCCAUCGCGAAACAAAAGAAGAUCCCGAAGCUUUCUCCCCGCCACCACCUCCUCCCUCGCGCGCUCUGUACUCCCAGCCUGGCACCGCACGCCGGCUAAACCCCAGUUAUCUCGAUGACUUUACGCAAACGCAACAAGACUCGCAACAAGAUCCGAACUCCAUCUUAUCUCCUCCCUUCCUCCCUUCCAACGUCGCCGAAUCCCCCGCCGGAUACCUCCCCUACCACUGGCUCGAGGUUGCCGAGGCUUUGCUCACACACGCCGGCGAUGACAUGCCCGCCCCGGCUGGCGAGGUGCGGUCGCUACUGCGAGACUUGGUGGAGGUGCGCGCAGCCAAGAUGCGCAGCAGUACAUCGGCUUUGGAGGGGUUUGGUGAUGCCUAUUUGACCCUGCGUGGCGUUGGUGCUAUGGAGUUAGCUGAGAACAGAGCUUUUCUGGCGGGCUUGGUGGAUGGCGUACGGAAGAUUGGGGCCAGCGCCGAGGCGACGAGAAGGGAAGAGGAAGAGGAGGCUAGGAGGGGCGGGGACUAUGGUGGUGAUGGGGAUGAGGAUAGUGAUGAGGAUAUGGGCCUUUGAAGGCUGCAUGGGAGCGUCACUGAGACUUCAGAGAAAAUGGGCAAAAAAAAAAAAAAAAAAAAAAAAAAAAAAAAAAAAAGUGAGGGACAACCUGCGGUCGCCUCAAGGCAGUGGGAGGCGGUGGGCGAGAAGUCGAGGAGUCGGACUCACACUUCCUUCCAAACGCCAAGGCCGAGUCCGACCACAAAGGCUCAUGCCCGAGCAACGUGGUCAACAAUGAGAUACCCAAGAGGACAUGGAAGAAACAUGAGAAGAGUAAUACAUAAAACGAACAAAAAGCAAGGACGCGUGUCACUGCAUGAAGCUAUCUAUUGUCAUUCCGUCUUUUUUGCCUGUAUCACGCCCCUUGAUAUGACCUUCCCCUUCUUCGUCGCUUCGUGUUGGUAUCAAUGCUACCCUAGCCCAUUGUGUUGCUAUCGAAACACUUUAUGGCGAUCACCUAAUCACCUCGAAGGAGUCCCUAAUCCAACAGCCUGAUCUGCUGAUCAUACACACCUUGGCAGCAAAUCCUUCGCAGGCUGUCAGCCUUUUCUUCCUGCUACUUGUACUGGUGGCGGUAGCCUCCAAUGCGGGUGGCGGUUUUUAAGAACCAUGUGUUCAGUCAGCAGCAGCACGAACACCAUUGUUAACCUUGUGGAUGCUGAGGAUCAUACUCUUCCUCCUCCUUUUCAUCUGCCGGGUCAUACUCCGUCGAUAUGCGCCGGCUUUGGGCCGUCCCAGCGACACUACUCGCUAAAGACCUCGAACCUUGACUGCCAUGAAUUCGAGGUAGUCCAACUGUCCUUGGAUCGUACUCCUCGUUCUCAAUCAUCGCUGGGUCGUACCGUGUCUGCUCUUCUCGGUGCACUGCAUCUGUUUGCUGACUGACAAUGCCCACCACCUUGGCGCCCAAGCUCUGUUGUCCUUCGCCUUUUCCUAAAGCCGGUAGCUCCAUACGAAGUCGCUUACUGGAACGAUUUGCCUCGUCAUCGUCUUCGUCAAAAGAGCGUGGCCGUUUCGGAGAAGCAGGGGGAGAUGAGCAGUGUCGCUUUGCCAAGCUGCCGCUGGACUCGUCGGAAUCAUCGUCAUAAUCCGUGAUGGAGGAUAUGCUUCGUUUGGCGCCAGAAGACGCGGAGGUUUUAGCGAGGGAGCUCUCAGUCGAUGCUGUGCUGAUCCAUGAUGUGGGAUUUAAAGUAUCCUGCUCCGCGCUCAUCCACCGAGGCACGGCACUGCCAGUGAGGCCGCCAGUGUAUCCCUCGUCGUACCUGGGGUUGUAUUGGUAAUACGCUCCUCUCUCCUCCUCUCGUCGCUCUCGCUCCUUCUGCUGCUUCUGGUCCUGCAGGUAUCUUUCUGUCGAAAAAGCGGGGCAGUAAAUUCCUGAACGACGAUGGUGUGGCUUCCUCGUCGGGCUCCUCAUCUCCUCCUCGUCGUCUUCUUCUUCUUCCUCCUCCUCUUCCUCGCUCGAACAUUCCGCAUCGCCAGGAUCAACAACCUUUACUCCCUUGUCUUUGUGCACCUGCGGGAAUCCCUUACCACCGACUUGCACCCUCGCCUCGCGAGUGCCUGGGGCUGUGUGGCCUGUCUGAGAAACCUUGGGUGGGUUCUUGGUUUUCGGGCUGAUGUCCUGGUCGCCUUGCCCAGUGUAGUCGGGCAGGGUAUAGAUACCAUCAUCGCCGGAGACGCUACCGGGUGCGGAAAGACGGCCGUCGCGAGGGACAAAGGUGAAGUCUUCCCGGAAGACAGUGGUGGAGGGGUAUUCGCUUUGGUGGAAGGGGCCGGCGCUGUUGCGGCGCAGAGAGGGCUUGCUAGCGGAUAAUUUUUUAGGGGUUGUGGGCGGAUGUUGACCCAAGUUCGUGUUCGAGGUGGCUGUUGUGAUGCCAGCCGACGGAGGAGGCGCAUUUGAGCGGGCUGUUCGGGCAGCCAUGUCGAGUUCGAGAUCGCGGCUGCUGACGUCGGUCCCAUCGGAAGUGUACGCAAGUUUCAGGGGAGACGGAACGGGCUUUACUUUGCGGUUUCUCUUGGGUGAAGAAGGACAAGGGGUAGGUGGUAGCCGAGGCGGCGGGGAAGAAAGGGGAGUUUCUUGCUGUUGACUGGGCGAGCUUCGUCCUUGUGACGAACCUUGGGAGCUAACCUUCGUACCAUUCACUGGCAUGGCAACGGGAGGAAGCUCGUCGUCACUAUCGGACGAGCCUCCAGACUUUGAUGUUGAUGACGAGCCGGUGCAUGAAGAUUUGCUCGACCCUUCUUCUUCUUCGUCUUCUUCUUCCGGAUAGUCCCAGUCUUCUUCGGAAGACCAGUCUGACGGCAAUGAUGGUGCACGGCUAUAAGCGCCAAAGUCGAGUGAAGGCCUGGUCCAGUUAAUGGCGUUUCUUUCGACAGAGUCGUGGCCCUGGAGGCGUUCGGGCAGUAUUGCGAGGUCGCCCAGUGGGUGUCGUUGUACGGCGUGGCCUCUCUCAUACCAGGGGAGUGGAUUAUUUCUUUGAUUACGCCGCUGCAGUUCCCGUUCAUCUGCUUCCCACUGUUCGUCAUCGAAAUCAGGAAGCGAACUUUGUGAUCUGGGCUCCUCACCGGCUGGAGCAGGUUCAUCUGGUUGAUUAUUUGGCGGCGGCAACUCCGGCAACUCUUGCUCGUCCUCAUCAUGUGGCUGGUCCAAACCAACGUUUGCUUCGCCGCGACUACUCUCGCUACUUGCUCCAUCGCCGAAUAGAUCCUCAUCACUAUCAUUGAAGUACCGUUCACCGUCGUUGGCCUGAUCUCCGUUGCCAUCCGGACCCGGGGAGUCGCGUCGUUCCUCAUCAUUACCACGGCCCUCUCCGUCGGCAUCGCUACCAUCUGAUGACGACGAAGACGAGGACGAUGAAGACGACGAACUGUCCGACCUUUCUCCUCGGUCAUGCGCAGGAGCUGCAUCUUCAUCCGAUGACGAAGACGACGAACUGUCGGACGGCUCUUCCCCGAAACGUGUAGCUGCAUCUUCACUCUCUUCAUCAGAGCGUUGCUCCU